AUGAACCAGCAACCGCAAAUAAGCCCUUACUUCGACCCCUGUCUUUUCUACGUGAAUGCCAACGAGCUGCACGGAUUCCUCACUGCAAAGUUUGAGGGCCAGGCGGUCGAAUGGCUGCGUCGACUCCAUUGUCCCAAGUUCAUCAUCGCCGAGGCUGAGCCCAGAUACAAGCGUUGUUUGGCGGAUUCUCAGGUCUACAUUCUUGGUACGAAACACGAUUCGCCGGGCAGCUGUCAAGAGCUUUGCCAAGAUCGCUUUGAGGUGGUGAAGACAUCUGUAGCCAAAAACGGAAGUCGGAAGCGUCGGUGGAAGCUAUUUGGUGAUGCACCGGGUGAAUUCGCAGCGGCGGUCAGAUCUGCGAAUGAACUGGGCAAUGUUACGACGGUGCUUGGUGAUCGACCUGCACAAACAACCAUCGGGCGUAUCUACUCGGUCGCGACGUUUCGGGAAGCAUUAAGUUACUUGUGGCUGUCCGCAGCGUUCAAGCUGAAGUUUGGUAAUGCGGCGCCCAACCCGGAGCUGUUCAAGCGGUGGCAACAAGGACUUCCUCGGAUUUGGAAUGUCUGGGUGACGGAACGAGAUGUGUAUAUGACGACUGUGCUCCAGGAAAUGCUGCCUGGAAUUGCGAAAAGCAAAAGAGAUGAGCAUCGCCUGUAUUCUGAACUGACGGAGGGCCCCAUCAUCGUCGCCAUCACAGGCGCCGCACAUCUCGAGGGGAUUACAAAAAGAUGGGACUCCCGGCAAACGAUCAGCUCCGACAUGAAUACGAUCCCGCCCCCCUCGAUACAAGCACAGAUUUUGCAUCUGCAAAUUGUCGGCAAGCUCACCGUCGCCGACCAUGAGCCCGACACGGAUCUCACUUUUUUGGGGCAAUUGCCGCUGGAGAUGCGGGUCAGCAUUGAAUGUCUGCAACACGGCCUUCCAGAACAACUUUUGAAGGCAUACCCGAACGUCAUUGACCAAUGGACCCAGCCUUCAGGAGCUACGAUCGUAGCCAAUGUUGGCUUUGAGGCUAUCCUGCGUCGGGGUACCGAGGACCAUGAUUUGAGAAUGGCCGUCGACAAGUUCGCCGCGGCCACCGCAGAAUUGAUUUUUCAUAACAAGGAGAGCGAUAUCGUGCUGCAGGCCAAUACCAAGGUACCCAAAGUGCUCGAUUCGUUGAUCAAGGGGUUGCAUACCGAUGUGGAUCGGGUCCGAUUCAUUUCGUAUCGCCGUGUUUCUGCGCAAGAUGAAGGCAAUGGAGAUGAUCAAAAGCAUGUGCCGGUGGCGAAAUUGCAGAUCGGCGACGUUCUGUUCGAUCGGCUGAAGGUCCCGCUUUGGAUCACUUCAGCGGUCUACGAAGGGGAUACAUCCAACGAGUACGCGAUGAAAGAGGUGGACUGUCGUUGCUUCGUGCCUCCCAACCAUAUGAGGGUCCUUUCCCUUGUCAUGCCACGUCUCGCCGACAACGAGCAGCAGGAAUGGCGUGUGGAGCUGCAUAAGAUGUUCAAUCUUUCCUCAAGUCUCCCAUGUCUGCGGUCCAUGCAGUCGCUCAAUUUCACUGCCAACUCUGGUUUCCUCCGAAAUCCCCAUCUAGCUAUCAAGAAUUACAAGCCCGCCGGGCGGAUCUCUGCCGUCAAGGGUUCCUACGAUUACUACCAUUACAAGCAGCAGGGGAUUGACGAUAAUGGAUGGGGUUGUGCAUACAGAAGCCUGCAAACUAUUUGGAAUGCGGUCGGAAUCGAUUGCUCUUAUAUCGCCCAAUUCAACGAUAUUUCGGAGAAGGCGCGUGAGCUGCAGGUCCAUUUCGACACCGUCGGAUCGCCAGUGAUGAUCGGUGGUAACAUGUUGGCCCACACGAUUCUUGGCGUCGACUUUGACGACACCACUGGAGAAUGCCGCUUCCUCGUGCUAGAUCCUCACUAUGUAGGCGUCGACGAUGUGCAUGUUGUGACGAACAAAGGCUGGUGCGCGUGGAAGUUCCCGUCGUUCUGGAAGAACGGGGUCGACGCCGGUGGCCAGCCAAUCAACUACAACAUUGUCAAGCCGCAGCUGCCGGCUAAUAUCAUC